AUGAUUAAAGUGCAGAGUGCAGAUGCUUCUUUAAAUCUUCAUCAAAGAAGCCAAGUGGGAAAUUUAUGUUCUGAAUGUGGGAAAUAUUUUCUCAAGAAAUCACAUCUUUAUAGACAUCUGAAAGAUCAUAAAGGAGAAAAUCCAUUUUCCUGUUCUAUAUGUGGGACAUGUUUUAACCGUAAAGGAAAUCUUGUUGUUCAUCAGAAAAUUCAUACAGGAGAAAAAAAAAAGUCAUGUUCUGUAUGUGGGAAAUGUUUUACUCGGAAGUCGUAUCUUAUUACGCAUCAGAAAAUUCAUACAGGAGAGAGAGCAUUUUCAUGUUCUGACUGUGGGAAAUGUUUUACUUGGAAACCACAUCUUAUUCGUCAUCAGAAAAUUCAUACAGGUGAGAGAGCAUUUUCAUGUUCUGAGUGUGGUAAAUGUUUUACUCAGAAAUCAAAUCUUAUUAUGCAUCAGAAAAUUCAUACAGGAGAGAGAGCAUUUUCAUGUUCUGACUGUGGGAAAUGUUUUACUCAGAAAUCAAAUCUUAUUACGCAUCAGAAAAUUCAUACAGGAGAGAGAGCAUUUUCAUGUUCUGACUGUGGGAAAUGUUUUACUCAGAAACCAUAUCUUAUUGAUCAUCAGAAAAGUCAUACAGGAGAGAGAGCAUUUUCAUGUUCUGACUGUGGGAAAUGUUUUACUUGGAAACCACAUCUUAUUCGUCAUCAGAAAAUUCAUACAGGUGAGAGAGCAUUUUCAUGUUCUGACUGUGGGAAAUGUUUUACUCAGAAAUCAAAUCUUAUUACGCAUCAGAAAAUUCAUACAGGAGAGAGAGCAUUUUCAUGUUCUGACUGUGGGAAAUGUUUUACUCUAAAAUCACAUCUCAUUGAUCAUCAGAAAAUUCAUACAGGAGAGAGAGCAUUUCUUUCAUGA